UCCGCUAAGCCAUUAGUCAAUAUCUAAGGGUGGCAGAUUUACCAUCCGAUUGGCUUCUAGCUUAGCUGGGAGGCGGGACGAGUUCUUGUCCCACCGUGGGAGGCGGUUGAGCAGGUCGCGGGGCACCUGGGAGCGCGGGAGUGAGGCCUGCAAGAUGGAGGAAGGCGGGAACCCAGGAAGCCUGAUUAAGGUGGUCCAUCUCCUCGUCUUGUCAGGGGCCUGGGGUAUGCAAAUGUGGGUGACCUUCGUCUCAGGCUUCCUGCUUUUCCGAGGCCUUCCACGACAUACUUUUGGCCUCGUGCAGAGCAAGCUCUUCCCUUUCUACUUUCACAUCUGCAUGGCCUGUGCCUUCAUUAACCUCUGCAUCUCGGCUGCACAGCACACCUGGGCUCAGCUCACAUUCUGGGAGUCCAGCCAGCUCGGCCUGCUAGUCCUGAGCCUCACUCUGGCCGCCAUCAAUGCUCGCUGGCUGGAACCUCGCACCACGGCCACCAUGUGGGUGCUGCAGACUGUGGAAAAGGAGCGGGGCCUGGGCAGCGAGGUGCCAGGCAGCCAGCAGGCCUCUGACUCCUACCGCCAGCUCCGGAUGCAGGACCCCAAAUACAGUGCCCUCCGCCAGAUCUUCUUCCGCUAUCACGGCCUGUCUUCCCUUUGCAAUCUGGCCUGCCUCUUGAGCAAUGGGCUCUGUCUCGCAGGCCUUGCCUUGGGCCUCAGGAACCUGUAGGACCCACUGCCUCUCUGUCCCUGAUGGGGGCCCAGAUGUCAAUAAAUGCUUCUUUGGAAA